UCUUCCUUUAGCCACACCCACACUGGCAAAGAGAGGGGCAUAAUAAAUUGCAAUCUAAAUCUAUCCUCCUUGCCUGAUUGCACCGGUCUCUCGUUGACUUGAGCCUUGCUGUAUAGCAGCAUAGCCCACCGUGGCAUAUAUAAUGUACAUGCACGUUCAUAGAGGCACACUGUAUUGAAUUUAAUGCCGCGAAAAUCCACGUGACAGACGUCCAUUAGUGCGUAGAUUGUCCUGUGUGCCAUGUACAUGUACACACUCCUGUAUACCCUUACCAGUGUGAGGACUGCAUUGUUGCAAGUGGUAUUGGCAUUCGUGUAGACCUCGUCUCUCGGUCUCUCCAUCCGUGGCAUCCUCGGGGGAGAGUCCUCCAUCACUCAUUGUCAUGUUAGCAUCCGAAGAUGCGCCCACCUGUUCGUCGUCGGCAACAUCCACCGAGGAGUCAGGAGCAAUCCCACAAUGCACUGAGGCUUCUCUUAUAGCCCAGGGAAUGGACCUGGCUGCUUCCAUCGAGGACACUAAGGUCUCCUUGGAUCUCUUCCUCAACAACAACUUCAACGAGGCUAGGUCACGUCUAAAACCAUGGGUUUCCUCCAGUAUGUACCAUGCCUUGGGCUAUGGCACCAUCAGCUACCUCCAGGCCAUCAUGACCUUUGACCCGGACGAUAUCACCGAAGCCAUCAAGUGGGUCAAGAACUCCAUUGAGGUGUCCAAUCGUUUCCGUCGCCACAGCAACAUGAUGGAGUCCAUGUCCAAGAUGGUGCGCAAGGCAAACUACGACAACUACACCGACGCUGAGAUUCAUGGUGAGCUGUGCUAUGCAGAGUCAAUUCUAGAAAGAGCACUCAUCACGUUCAUUCAAGACGACAACCUCAUCAGCUUCAUCAAAGGGGGUCUGAAGAUCAGAAGUGGUCACCAGUCUUACAAGAACUGCAUUCAGAUGUUGCAGCAGAGAAAUUGGAAGGAUGAAUAUUCCAAGAUGCACUUUGAGAGCGGGGUCCGGUUAGGACUUGGUACCUUCAAUUUGAUGAUCUCCAUGCUUCCCAAGAAGAUCAUGAAAUUGUUGGAGUUCAUCGGCUUCUCAGGGGAUAGGGACCACGGUCUUUCUGAGCUGGAGUCGGGCAGCAAGUUGGACAGUGUCAGGGCACCACUCUGUGCAUCGGUGCUCAUAUGUUACCACACGGUGGCAACGUAUACAUUCGGCACAGCAGAUGGUGACAUCGAACAUUCCAAGACAAUUCUGUCCCCCUGCCUGGAGAAGUACCCGACAGGGGUCAUAUUCCAGUACUUUGAUGGCCGGAUUGAGGAGAUCACGGGCAACCUGACGUCGGCCAUCGAUAAGUUUACAGAGUGCAUCGCCUCCCAGCAACAGUGGCGGCAGUUCCACCACAUCUGCUACUGGGAGCUCAUGUGGUGCCACGCCUUCAAUCUGGACUGGCUGAUGGCCUGCAAGUAUGCCGACAAGCUCUGCAAGGAGAGCCGGUGGUCAAAGGCCACCUACUUCUACCAGCAAGCCUGCUUCCUGUCCAUGUGCCCGGACCAGACCGAGCAGACCAGGAAGAGUUUGAACGCGAUGUUCCGUAAGGUGCCAGACUUCAAGCAGCGGGUGGCGGGCAAGUCCAUCCCGUUUGAGAAGUUUGCCGUCCAGAAGUGCAAGAAAUUUCUUGAGCACGGCAUUGAAAACACCCUUGCUGGCUUGGAACUGAUAUAUACAUGGAAUGGAUUUGACAUUAUUGGCCAAAAGGAGGAGCUGUUACUGCCUGUAAUUGACAUUGUGGAAUCAACAAUCAAAAACCUCAAUAAAACAAAAGGUGGCAACGUGUGUUACUCCGAUGACUACGGACUGGCCAUGCUGCUCAAAGGCCUGUGCUUGAGAUCUCUUAGGAGGCCGUCACAGGCCGAGAUGUGCUUCCAGGAAGUCAUCGAACAAGAGGGUAAGAUCUUGUACAACAACUAUCUGGUUCCCUACGCCACGAUGGAGCUGGGCCUUCUUUACUUACAACACAACCGACUGAGUGAAGCCAAACUGUUCCUCCUUCAGUCCAGGAGCAAGAAGAAGUUUAUGCUGGAAAACAAGCUCCACUUCAAGGUGCACUCGGCCGUCAACAAUCUGCGGGUCAAGCUGGAAGCGGCCAGCAACAACAACCACACCGCCUCCACGCAGGACCUUGAUUCGCUGGACGAGGAGUCCAUCGCAGAGGGAGAGAAUGGGCAGGACGGAGCUGCGGUGUCCAUGGCAACAGAAGACGCCAUCAGCCAGAGCUGAGACUUAAAUGGAUCGGCGGAUUGGGGGGACGGGACUCACCUAAGAUCGAUUAGGAAUUGUGCAGAAAGUGCCAACGCAAAGAGCAAUCACCGUAUCAUUUGUCAGUGGGUAUUGGCUUUGUGGACAAAAUGUAGAGGGCGCUGUGAGUUCUUGCUAUGAAAUACAAAAAAGAUAGAAAUUUAUUAAACAGGUUAUCAGCCGGACAUGAGGAUUGGUACAGUAAUAAGCAAUUCUCAGCAGAUUUGGGACCUGAUACUUAGAUUUGUCGAGGAGAUUUGUGUACGUCCUUGGCAACCCCUAUAAAGUGUGCUCUGGAUGUUGUUGGAUUUGCCAAGAGUAACGAGCAAUGCAUCAUAAAUAUACUUUCAAAUAAACAAAAAAUGGACAGAUUGUUUUCAUCUACAGCGUAAUAUUCUAAGAGUCACGAAUGGUUCAUAUUACAGACUCCUUCUACCUGAAGGUGGCACAGUGUAGCAUAAAGACGAGGAUGAAUGAAGAAUAGCAUUAUUAUAAGAGGAACGUAUCUUAGACCAUAAUAGGGAGUCUGCAAUAGUUGGGUUUAUUUUCAACUAAACUGUGGAAGCGUUGUGAAUUGAUAAACUGCGGGGUUGUCCUCAAAUGAAAUUCGGAAAGAGAGUGUAAAAAUAAUUGCUAACAUGAGGUGAAGAGUUACAAGAAUGCUCCUGGAGACAAAAUGAAAGGAUAUCUUGCAUAUUUGAUUUCAUGACUAUAAGAUAUUUUUGAGAGACAACAAAUUAUUUAUAAGAAUUGUCCUUGGGCAGAAUUGGCCCAAAGAAGGUUGUGUUGUCAAUGAAAUAUGUUUGAAGAUACACAGUGUCGAAAAAAGAAUCGUUUGAAGAAUGUUGUACGUGUACGGGGGUAUUUUUGAAGUUAAAGUGUCGAGUGUUUUUAAGAAGUAAUUUUAAGCACAGGUUUAUGGCAUGUGAGUUGCACAUCUUAAGCAGAGAUAUUGGACAGGAUGUAGAUGUAUCUCAGUUGGUAAAGAACCAUAGCGGGUAGUUGUUCGAUGGUUAUGGGUUCAUAUCCCACUUCAGUCAAUUUUUGUGUUAAGACUGAUCUAAGAACAAGCUUAGUUAUUUAUCACAUUGACAAAUCGGGGCUGGAUACACCCCAGUUGGAGCACCAGCACAAUCUUCUAGAUGUUGCCGGUUCAAAUCCCUCUUCAACCAACUCCCCUGUCUUGUCUAGUAUGGGUCAAACCCCCCCCCCCAAAAAAAACACAGUAAGUUCUUGACAUUGGCAAAGUGGGGCUCGAUGUGCCUCAGUUGGUGGAGCUUCGGAGCGGUGUGUUUUUGGAAGUAGUAGGUUCGAAUCUAGCUCAAGUCCAUUUUUUUGCUCAACCUAUUACCUGAUCAAAGGAUUCUGUUACAGCUUUCUCGCUGUGAUUUGUUUCAUUAGAGGCAACUGUAGAUUAGAUGUUACCUACAUGUAGGUGUGUUUGUUUGAGUCUGUGGUGUGCUUUUUCUUCCUUUCAAAACUCUAAUCACAGAUUUUCAGAAAUCUGUCUCUUCUUACGUUUGUACAAUUUUUGCAAUUUGAUAUCAAUGCAUUAUGUUUGUUUUUAAUUUAAAAAUUGAAUUUGCAUUUUUUAACAUCUUCUAAUUGACAGUAAUUACGUUCAUCGGGAACACAUUUUAUUCCAUGGGUUUUGUGUUGUGCAAUACAAGAAAUAUUAAAAGACUGUUGUAAUCGCUCUGUCCAUGAGGUCCCCUCUCAAGCCCGAUAAGUCAUCGAAAAUGUAAACUGUUGAGUAGAAUUAAACCUAUAAGGUUCAGGAAAAUGAGGCCUGAUUACUUUGGUUUGGGGUUGGGAAUUUAAGCUCUUGGUGAGUCCAGGCGAGUACAUGUACUCUCAAUAAUCGGAGUUCAAAUACUUCAUUUCUUGCACAUCUGUAUGAGGCUCUUUCCACACACACGCAUUUGUACUGGGUUGUGACAGAAAGUACAAAUUGCGCUGUAGUUAUAGUUGGGACUAACAGCACUACGAGGAGGAAAGAAUUCCAUACACAGAAGCUGCUUGACACCCCGUGCACAAAAUCCUGUGAGACUGGUCUGAAAAAUUCUAAGUGUUUUCCAAGUGAAUACUUUAAUAUUUUCCCUGCCAAAUGUAACUUUUUAAGACAUGUUAUUGUUGUCAGAUGGUUACUUGGUAACUUUAGGGGAAACUUAGUAGCUUUCGUGUAUGGCAUUCUUUCCGGUGUACAUGUUACACAAUGCAGUAUCGACCAAAGAUUGUAUAGCUCUGCCUAGCGGCGCAAGAUGGAUAACUCGGCCAAAAAGGUGUUAUCACCGUGGGCGCCAUUCAAGUGUGAACGUGUGUGUGCGUGCCUGUCGCGGUGUCGGCACCUGUGCAUUAGGCGUAGUCGAACCGAAAUGGUUGCAAUAACAACGUUUAAUGCGUUUUCACAGUGAACUUCCCCAUCUUGCUACGCGGCGCUAUAAGAUCUUUGGUAUCGACCAGUGUACACAUUGUACUCAAAGUGAUCAUGUCAACCUAACUGUAAUAAGUAGAUGUGGGGACUUUUGACUUGUCCACACUAUUAACCCUAACCCUCCUCAAUCCUUCACCUGUUGGAGGAUUGAGGAAGGUUAGGGUUAAUGGAGCAUAAUUUGACAGUGAUUAGAAAUGGCAGCUGUGCAGGUUUAGACCUAGAUUUAUUUCUUCCCACUGGGUGUAUUUUGUGGCCAAAUAAAAUUAUUUUGUACUUAAUAUCAGACUUGGCCAAGUGGAAUAUGAUGUGCAUGUAUCAUGCGGGUCACUGUUACAUUAUUAAGAAUAUUGAGAAAUGGUCCGUCAGGUCAAGUUUCUGUUGAGUCAUUUAAACUGGAUUUUAAAAAUGGUGGUUGCAUGACACACAAGGCUACAAUUUACCUGACCUUUCCCCUUUGGACUUUUAGACUACAAAUGGGCUAAACGGCAAAUUGGUCAAACUUCCCAAGUCUGAAAUUCAACUGCAGUUUGUCCUUUUUUUUAUAUGGCUCAUGGUGAAUGGCUCCUUGUUUCAUUCUUUUUGGGGGGUCAAAAUUCACCAGCAUCCCUUUCAUUUGAGAUGUCCGAAAUUGUAAUCUGUACUUUUCUACAAAAUGUGCUGUUUGUAAAUACUGUAGGAUGCAGAAACAUUUGUAAACCAAGAAGGAUAAAUAAUUUCAUCAUGAGAUUUCUAUACAGAUACAUACAUGAAUAUGUAACUUACCUAUUUCCACAUCCAGCUAGGUUUGUGAAGUCCUUAAUUCAGGAUGUGUGCACACUUCACAGAAUGACUUGCUAUCAGACUGAGGUAAUUAUAUCUGUCUUGUUCGCAAAACCAAACGAUGUAGUCACUGGAUGGGAACUCACAGGGAACAUACCAACACUGCUGUGUUCUGUAUCAUAAAAUGUCAACAUUUCAUUACAGUCCAAAAUUGUGGAGAAACACAGACAGAUGAUGGAUCAGCUCGUCAGUUGCUGGUUGGUCAUUGAUGUCACAAGGUGAUAGGGUUCCAGCCGCUUGUAAGUUGUACUCCAAAAUUGGUAGUUAUUUUGGUCACAGCUGUUGACAGUACCAGUACCAGUGUCACAGUACAAGCACACUGUAAGUAGUUCUUGUCCUUAUGGCAGGCACCAGCCUAAAUUUUUGGGAAUGGGCCUGGACUUGAACAUUAGGCACUUUCUGUAGUAAGUGUGUACUAUGUAUGUGGCUGUGGCUAGUCUCAUUGUAGGCCCGUAAUUGGCAAGAGUCAGAGACAUAGCCCUACUUGACUGCAUUUGAGACUUACCCCCACGUCUACAUGGUAAAUGGGAUUUUCUUCUGUUGUAGUCUGUCUUGAGCCAUAAAGUUUUGUGAACUAAAAUUAAUAUACAAAUGCUUUCCUUAACUAUAUACCAAAAAGAGGUAGUCAAGUAUAUGAACGUGUCCACAUGAUGGCCUAAGAAUUCAUGUAGUAGGCCUAAAUAUUACUUCUGCUAGAGCUCAGAUUAUUUUUGGUUGUUUGCAUUUUUUGUCGUUCUACAAAUUGGACCCUUUACUCGUCACUUAAGACCUUUUACAAUGCUUUUUAAUUUGGAAUGGCUUGGGGGACAACAGUUUAAGAACUCAAUUGAUGAAAGGUAAAGGUGACUGCUUUAAUGUCUGCGUAUCGUAGAUUAUAUCUUACCAAUGAAGAACAAAACCUCAGGAAUGCAAUUUGUAAAGUGUAAUUGCUGCAAUAAUAGGGUGUUUAUUCUUGAACUAUUUUUAGCUCAAUAUGAGUAAUUCAAAGAUGACAGCUUGGAGCGCUCAGCUGAGAUAAACCUCAUCUACAGUUGUGGCAGUAGAAGUUUGUCAUGAGAUUUUGUUCAUACACUGUAUUAAAAUAAGCAAAGCUAAUAAACAGAAAACCCUCACCAA